AUGAGACGCUUUUCGACGUAUCUCAGUUUGCGGGCAAUUCCGCCGCGAGGACUAAUCAAGCUAAAUAGGAAGCUGCUUGAGAUCAAGGGCCCAGAUUCCGCCAGGUUCUUGAAUGGUCUGCUGACGACCAAGAUGCUGCCCACUUUUGAGAAAAAGAACCUUACCACGAUUUCCGCCAUUGAUCUACAAGCAUUGGAGAACUCAAAAAUGCUCGGCCUGACAGACGAGCAAAUGCAAACCGAGAAUUGGGGCAUUCUUCACGAGGACGAGACCUACGACCCGGAGGUUCCAGAACGACUGGGAAUCAGAAGGGACGGCCGGUACUCGAUGCUCCUGAACUCUAGGGGACGAGUUCUGUCUGAUCUCUUUGUUUAUCCAACUCCCUAUACCCCAACCAAUGGCCCCAAGUAUUUGCUCGAGAUGGCACCGAAGAAUUUUGGGCAAAUCCAGAUGAUGCUGAAACUGCACAAACUUCGAGCAAAGAUCGAUAUUUCGGUUGCAACUUAUAACUGCUGGUUUUAUUACGACCAUUCCGAGGAAUUCGACGAGCUUUACGACUUGUUGCAGUCAGAGUAUCUUAAUAAUAGAAACUCCAAGAGUGUGGAAGCCGCUUCCACGUGGAGCAAGUAUUUACAAGACAGGCUUGUGAAUGAGGAGAUACUGACCGCCCCAGAUGCCUCGCGAUUACAAGGGUUUGCACUCGACGACCGAGCGCCAUGUUUUGGACUCAAAUUUGUUCUUCCUCAAGAAAGCCAGCUAGACAAUCUAGAGGACAUCAAAGUGGGGCACGAGGUGUAUGAUGCGUUGCGCACUCUGGUAGGAAUUUCAGAAAUUUCCGACUUCAAGUCCGAAACACUGCCCUUUGAAAACAACCUCGAUUACAUGAAUGGGAUCAAUUACAACAAAGGAUGCUAUGUAGGUCAAGAGCUUACCAUCAGAACGUUUCAUUCGGGCGUCAUUAGAAAACGAGUCAUGCCCAUACAACUGUUCAGAGUUGGGGAGCCUGUGAGCGAGGAAAUUAGUUUGGCAGACGAGGAUCUAGGUCUGGGCCGGUAUUCUGAUCUGCAGCUGAUAAACACGACCAAGAGUAGCCAAGUUGCUGAGCCUCAGUCUUCAAAUCCGUUCGGGUCGAAGACGCGCAGAGACAAAAAAGUCGGAGAGAUUAUCAGAGUGCAGAAUAAUAUUGGCCUGGCCGUUGUAUACGUGGCCGAUAUCAGUCGCGACAAUGCACCUGGCACUAACGAGUUCCCUAUAGUGUCAAAGAGUUCCUCAGAGGUUGCUGGUAAAUUCAUUGCCAAGGUUCAUAUACCUGAGUGGUGGCCCUUAGAAGAAUCAGAGGAAGAGGAGGACGAAAAGGAACACGACGAUUAA